AUGGAAACCCCUGUAAACAAAAUUCCAACAAUUUUGAUAGUUGGAGCAGGUAUAGGUGGACUUAGUUUUUACCAAUCAGCUCGAAAAAAUCUUGACCAGAAAUUUAAUGUUAAAAUAUUCGAUCGAGAGACCAGUCCUCAAGAUCGCUUGACUGAAGCAAUACCGAGUCCAACUCCGAAGGAACAUCAUAGUACAAUGGUUAUUGAUCACGCAGGAAAACUUUUAUUUAGUGCGCCACAACAGAACUUUAAUAUUUAUGAGAUGGAACCUCUUAAACAUGACUUUGCUGGCAUAGUUGCUUAUCGUCAUAUAUUAAGGAAUGUUCUGCUAAAUGGUGUUGAUGUCCAAUGGGGCAAAAAAUGCAUCGGAUAUGAAGAAAGUGAAAAUGGAGUUUGGGCAUUAUUUGAUGAUGGAACCAGGGAAUUUGGAGAUCUAUUAAUCGGUGCAGAUGGAAUUAAUUCACCAAUUCGAAAACAAAUGGUUCCUAACUUAAAAAUUCUUGACCCCGGUGUGACCAGUGUUGAUAUAGAUAUUGUAAUACCAAAAUAUAUGGCAGAUAAAUUAAUGAAAAUUUACAAAAACGCUAUUAUUCAGUGGUCACUUGGUAAAAAUGGAGAUGCGUUUCUUUCAUCGAUGCGUUAUAUACCAAUCAAUGAACCUGAUGAACCACGGUAUAGGCUUAAUUUUGCAUAUCAUUAUCCGACAAUUCUCGAUAUUAAAGAUGAAAAUAAUAAAUUAGUUGACGAUGAUAAUCCAGAAUCAGUUGUUAAACAUACAAUUUUAAGAAUCAAACAAUUACGCCCACCUGGUGAAUUAAGAGAUCUAAUAAUUGAAAUUUUAUCAUUAGCUCUAUACUCUAAUUCAGGAUAUUCUAAAAAAUAUCCAUUUCGAACGUAUAAUCCUAUAAGACGUCGUCAACUUCGUGAUAUUGAUCCACUGUCUGUUCCAGAUUGGAAAGAUGGUAGAACAGUUUUACUAGGAGAUGCAGCUCAUGCUAUGAAUCCGAUAUUAGGAUUAGGUUGGUGUUUAUUAAAGAAUAUUUAG